AUGUUCCCUCAUAGGGACUUUCUCGGUAUCGAGAAGGAUCAGUUCUGGUGGAAUCCUCGACCCCAUGAUGUCCCUCGCUGGAAACAUAUUAUGCGGUUUGACACAAAUGGGUUUGAAAACUACCAGAAGGGUUUGGAUCGCUUUGGCUUCUCUUGCUCUGAUGAUGAGUCUGACGCCGAAUCUCACAACGGUUCUAGCACCAAUUCGGGCAACAAGUCUAGUGCAGAAAACGAUUCCGAUGAUGGUUCCAGUGAUGAACCCGAAGAGAAAGAUCCCGAAGAGGUUGAGAAUAUGUUUUAUACACUGGAGUUCUACCCAUUGGGUCUCAUGUCAUAUGACGACUUCCUCAACUUCGAAAAGCUCAUGGAAUAUCGGCCUAGCCCACCAGAUAUAUCUCACGUCAGAAGUAUACUGUUCCAAAAAGGCCUCCCUAUCGAGAUAACAGAUCGUAUUCUCGAACGCAUCGCACAGCCUUUGUUGUACCGUACCAUCGCCAUUGAAGGCCGCAAUGGCGCAAAGAGCAUUGGCACUCUUCUUCUCAGAACGUUCGUCGAGAAUCCGCAGCUCGCAGAGCAAGUUCGCGCCGUCUCUCUGACCGACUGUAUCAAGCUCUCAGAGCAGGUGGAGAUAUUGGACAGAGAUGCAACCAAGACGCUCGUUCGAUCAGCAAUGGAAAAGCUGGACGUCCCGCCUGCACUCAAACGUAUGAUGAUGAGAAAGAUUGCAUAUUCUGACUUUGCUGCUCUUAUCCUAGCAUAUAUGCCUCAUUUGCAGGUCGUCGACUGCACUAUAGGUGUCAGGACAUUCAUACUCCCGUGGCUGUUGAGCGCAAGCCCGGAUGCAGGGAGGCCCUUAGGCUGGCUUAAACGAGAUAGAAAGGUUGAAGUUUCUGAUGCUGAAGAUAACGACAAGAAACAGGAAGAGAAUGAUUUUUCCGAUGACGAAUACUACGUUGCAAAAAAAGAAGUAAGCAUGGAAGAGUACCAACAGAAGGGUAUUUCCAAGGGCACAUUUGCAAACUAUCGCUUUGCAAACCUCAUCGAAAUUCGUAUUAGGGCAGUGGAAUAUCCAGGAGCCAUCGAGGGUGCUUGGACUAUCGAACCUCUGCUUCUCAAUUCUAAGCUCAAAAUAUUAAGAACGUUUGGCACUGCCUGGUACGGCGAUGAGCUCACCAACUUCGUGUGGCCUGAGCACAAAACUACAACCUGGAGCAUUUCGACCUUAUGGAAUCAUAUGUCGAUGCCGAAGGACUAA